GCACGAUGGCGCGUCUGGCCUUUCUCGUCAUCGCCGUCGCGGCGGUUGCCGCCGGGGUCAAUGGAGGCAAAAAGCAGGACCAGUUAAUUGUGACGUACGGCAUCGUCCCCGACCCAUUCCACUCGAAGAGCUUCUUCUCGCUGCCCCGCACCCUUGAGGAGGCUCAGGGCGGCCAGGACUACUGGGUCCCCUCGGAUCAAAGGCCGCAGGACAACACGACGUCCUACUGCCGCGAGGGCGACUACCGCGUGUGCCUGCUCUUCGACCAGCAGGGCAGCGUGGCCGGUAUCCGGCUGUCGGUGAACAGAGACGAGAUCGAAGCAUCUGGCUUCAACUUGGAGAGAGUACCAGAGUGGGAGUUCAACUGGAGCACAAGGCUUCGUGGUGGUGUUUACACUGCCACUGUGUACUUCGUGUCUAAAGAGGAGCUUGCUGCUGGUGGCCGCAGCCCGAAGAAGAGCGACCCCACCGCCCCGAACGGCAUCUACAUCCUGCAGUCCGACUUCAACGGCUUCGAGACCAACCGACUCCACAUCCCCAUCCAGGAGUCAGGGGCUACGUCGGCCAACUUCACUGAGCAAUCCUGCAACUUCGGCAUGGGCAAGCACUACUUCCAAGAGCUGCGCAAGGACGGCAAGUGCGAAGAGCACCGCCCCUACUUCCUGCUGUACGGCCCCAAGACCAAGGAGCUCAACGGCUUCGGCAUCGCCCAGUACGGCAACGUCACCAACGGCGAGCGCCCGUGGUACGAGUAUCCGACAGCGAAGGAGGCUAAGAAAAUCGCGCCGAACUCUCCUGACUGUGUAGAAGACUGGAUAAACACCCACGGCAUGUUCUCGUUGCACGUCUACUUCGUUUCCAGCCCCUACUGGACUUUCUGCUAA